GGUAAGCAUGGUAGCUUCCCGUGAAGAACAAGUCAAGGCAAGCACGAUCACGUCAAAUCCUUGUCUGUGAUCCAGAAUCGAGUGAUCGCCAUGCGAGGAGUGACAGAGCAUUUAGUAUCUCCCCCUCCCCUCACGCACAGUUUCGCCUCACCUUCUGUUCGGACCACUCUCUCUCCUCGAAAUUCCACGACAACGUCAUUCAAUCUCAGCGCUUCAAACCUUCCACUCUCCAAAGGAGAAAUCGACGCACACACCGACACUGAUCAAGCUUUUCCUGGCCACCCCUCCCUCGAAGCUCUUCUCAUGGUGAGAUCAAAGUUACUCGACGGCGGCAAUGUGGCAGCACCGAUGGCUUAUGUUGAGAAUCCAUCACAAGCAACCAGACUCGCUGGCCACAAGCGUCUCCCGUCGCUUGCAUGGUGUGUUGGGUCGGCCGCUGUAACUGAGGAGGAUCGAGCACAAGCUGCAGCGCAAGUGGAGGAAACCUCCGCAAGGUCACAAGACGCGAUUGAUAUUGAGCUGCGACGAGAACGCAAUCGGGCUCAUCAAGCUCGUUACAAGAUGAAACAGCUCAACAAAAUGGCAAGUCUCGAGGACAGCGUUCAGGUCCUGAAGAAAGAGAUUCAGGAUCUCAAUAUUCAGCGCCAAGUCAUCUCCUUCCGCGCAUCUGCUAGCCACACCAGGUGGGGGGUCACAGCAGAGUAUUUCCGCCUCUUUCGGAACGGCCUAAAAGCUUCUCUCGAAAUGGAGAGGCCUUCAACGUCGGAGAUUGUCGUUCCUGUUGUAUCUCAAGUACAGCGUGACUUCCUGCAAACUGCGAUGGCACCAGACGUAGUCGGCGUCAUUGAUUACGGUGUGGAAGCUCUACUUCACAACUGGAAGCUAAUUACGCUAUGUACACCAGAUAUUGACAUCCAACUGGUGCGUUUAGAAGAUGGCCCCGGCGACUCGAUCGUUGCUAUCACAAAAGGCUCGUAUACAAUCACUGAGGAUACCCUACGCUUCGCAUUUCCACACCUGGUCAACGGUAAUGAAGUCGAUGCGUGGCUAGCGUCCAGGUUGUUUGGUCAAAGACUCGUCACUACUGGAUGUACAAAAAUUCUUUGGGACGAAGAAGCUGGACGCGUGGCCAGCAUCCAAUAUACUGCGGAUAUUCUCAUGCCGAUGCUCCAGUUGCUAGGGAAUCUCGAGGACGUGUCCCGCGUGUUUUCUUCUAGUGCACGAUUGAAUACUGAGAGCAGAUUCGUGCUGUCGUGAUAGUGUCUUUGAUAAGCUCGCGCUGUUGGGUUUUUUCUUUUACUGCGCGUCAAGAACCAGUUGUCCUUUAAAGAAUGUUCAUUUACUUCGAAGUAUACUUACUAUUUUUGAUUUGUC